GACAGCGCGCGCUGCGUUCAGCGACAGUACAACAGUCACACAAGCAGAGAGACGAGCCCAGCGCGACACAGCGAGCCGGCGUUUCCUCUUCCUUUAUUCCUCUGAUUCCUGUCAAAGAUGGUUCGAGAAACCGGUUUCUACGAUCUGCUCGGCGUCAGUCCCAAAGCCUCGCUAGACGAGAUCAAGAAGGCAUAUCGGAAACUGGCGCUGAAAUAUCACCCGGACAAAAACCCGAAUGAAGGAGAGAAAUUUAAACUAAUAUCACAAGCCUAUGAGGUCCUGUCAGAUCCCAAAAAGAGGGAUUUGUAUGACCAAGGUGGUGAACAAGCCAUAAAGGAGGGAAGCAUGGCAGGAGGAGAAUCUCCCAUGGACAUUUUCAACAUGUUUUUUGGUGGCGGUGGCAGAAUGCAGAGAGAAAGGAGAGGUAAGAAUGUGGUUCACCAGCUUGGAGUCACACUGGAGGAAUUAUACAACGGCUCAACAAGAAAACUUGGCCUUCAGAAGAACGUGAUCUGUGAGAAAUGCGAAGGUUAUGGAGGCAAAAAAGGCGCAAUUGAAAAAUGCUCAACAUGUAAAGGAAGAGGGUUUCAGGUCCAGGUGCAACAGAUUGGACCGGGAAUGAUCCAGCAGAUUCAGAGCAUGUGCUCCGACUGCCAAGGACAGGGAGAGAAGUUCAACUCCAAGGACCGUUGCAAGAACUGCAAUGGGCACAAAGUGGAACGCAAGAAGAAGAUUCUUGAAGUCCAUAUUGACAAAGGUAUGAAGGACAGCCAGAAGAUCACAUUCCACGGAGAAGGAGAUCAAGAGCCUGGACUGGAGCCUGGUGAUGUUAUAAUCGUACUGGACAUUAAACAACACCCCGUCUUCCAAAGACGUGAUGACAACCUGAUCAUGAAGAUGAAGAUCAAGCUGGUGGAGGCGCUCUGUGGGUUUAAAAAAACUAUUCGUACGCUAGAUAACCGAUUGUUACUCAUCAACUCACCUCCAGGUCAAGUAAUAAAACCUAAUGAUCUAAAAUGUAUUCACAAUGAGGGCAUGCCUGUGUACAGAGACCCUGAUGAGAAAGGGCUUCUCAUCAUACAGUUUGAGAUUGAGUUCCCAGAUAAACACUGGCUACCUGAGCACAUGCUGCCUGACCUGGAGAGGCUACUUCCAGUCAGAGAUCACGUCAUGAUGUCAGAUGAUAUGGAAGAGGUUGACCUGUGUGAAGUAGACUAUGAAAAACAGAAGAGAAACCACAGUGGUGAAGCCUGCGAUGAAGACGAAGGCCCCAGGCAUGGUGUCCAGUGCCAGACUCAGUAAAUGUCAUAUAGAAGAAACACUGGUGCAAUACUUGUGUGGCUGCAAAUGUACACUCAGUAUUAGGCCGGUUAAAUUUAGUUCUUGCUGAGCGAUACGUACAGCAAGAAUUUCCUCACCAAGCCUUACAAAACGGACCAUUUUCUUGCCACCAUUGGAAUUAUUUCUGAAGUGUCUGAUGAGGAGGAACCAGGAGUGUUUGGCAAUUACCACCAUAAAUGAGUGUUACCGGACAUUUAAUUAAAGCAACUAUUUUGGAUAAAAAAAAAUGGAAUUUAAUAGUGACUUAAAUUUGCAUGUAAAUUAUUCUGUAUGUUUGAGUAUGUUCACUUCUGUAUGUUAAUCUAUAGAUGUGCUUUGGUCAAGAGCCAGUUGAAAAUCUGUAUUUGUAAGAAUGUGACACCAUAUGUUUAAUGUGUUGUUUCCUUCUUUAAAAUGUUUUAUUUUCACAAAUAAAACAUUUCAGUACAAUUCCUCCUUUGUUUACUUGAAUAUCCAUAAUUGCAACUGAAUGAAAGCAAUCUCAAAAAUCUUUUCAAUGCAAAAGUCAGUUUAUAGUAUUCUAGCUAAUUUUAUAUUGUUUACAAACCCUCACAUCCAAUUUAUAGC